GCUAGAUACGCUACAUUAAGUGUACGCGGGUGUUACGAAGAGGUAAAAUGACGGGUCGUCUGACGUUUUUAUACCUACUUCGUUUAUUUCUGAUCGUGGAAUGUGAUCUGUUUUGGAAUUUCCCCCGUACAUCAAAAGAAGCUUUCCAUGCAUAUGUGAAUGAAAAAGCACACACCAUACAAGUAUUUCCAUCGAUUCAGGUGAAAUUGACUGAUGAUUCAAAACUUUGUUCAAUCUCAUUGUUGGCCUCUGGUAGAAAUAAUGUUCCGAAUUUUGUUCGCGCUAAUGUUUUAAAUCAAGCGAAAGGAUAUGGUUAUUUGACAUUCAAUGAAACAUUAUAUCAUAUGGCUGAAAGUUUUGGUACUUUAGAAGCUAGAACAGGAUUUUAUCAUUUGAGAAUAAUAGCGGAAGAUUGUUCUAAUCCACCGAAAUUUACACCAUCUUGGCCAAUUACAUUUGAACAUAUUCGAUCUGAUUUGCCAAUUUGGUCUAAAAGAAAAUAUAUAUUUGAAAUAGACUCGUUACAUAAACCAGGUCAUGAAAUCGGCAAAGUGACAGCGUACUCAUCAGCUUUGACCGACAGUAAUAAUAAUAAUAAUAAUUCUUUGUAUGGUGAUGAUACAGGGAUGUGUGCUUACGCAAUACAAGAUUCAAGUUAUUCAUUCACUAUUAAUGGACAUGGUGUGAUACGAUCUUUGAUCAGAUUUAACAAUCAUACUGAUACAUUGUUUGAAUUCAAUGUGACCGCAUUCGAUUGUCAUCUUCCAGUACCGUAUAGUUCUACAGUUCCAGUCACAGUCUAUGUGAAAGCAGCAUGUAUAUCACAAUGGACUGGUAUCCCUAAAGAAAUUGCCUAUUCUGCACUGUCCAAUCCAUAUCCGAUUGCAUUGAAUGCGAAAUUUUCAAUUUGUCCACAACAGUCAAACAAUUAUACUAGUCAACCAUAUAUGAAUGCUGAUGAUAAUAAAUCCAGCGAUGCAUACAUGGAAUAUGAUUAUUGUCCAAUUGAACAAGUGACCGUACGUGUGAAAAUUUUAUGGAGUAAAGAAGAUAUCAUUGUUAAUAAUGAUGAUGAUAUUCGAGAAGAUCAAACUGUUCAACCGUCAUCGGAAACAACAACAGCGACAACAACAUCUUCUUCAACAGAAUGUGAUUUGGAUUAUUAUUCAAUACUGGCUAAUCGUAGAACAUGCAUUGGCUCUACUCAAACUAAAAUCAUUGAUCUUUUACCAAAUAUGAAUAAACAACAACAUGAACAAUCAUUAUUCAGUCGUAAAAAUGAUAAUUUCAAUUUAUCAUUAAUUCAUACAACUACUGAUCAAUUCAGUGCAUUGUCACCAUACAAUGCAAACAAUUAUCCAACUGGUAUUUUCUAUUUCAAUGGUUCAACACAUGUGGAUUUAAACAAAUAUCAAAAAUUUCCUAAAUUUCAACGAUUCGAUAAUCAAUUGUUUACAAUCAAUUUUUGGAUGAAACAUUCACCAACAUUCAAUAGACAAUAUGAACAGAAUUUAAUCAAUGGUAGAGAAAAUAUUUUAUGCAGUUCCGAUGAAUAUGAAAAGAAUCGACAUCAUUUCGCUGUGUUUCUACACAAUUGUAAACUUGUUGUAUUGGUACGUCGUGAACCACCGACCAAUGAAUCAUCAUCUACCAUAGCUUCGGAUUCAUCGCAACUACUCCCCUCUCAAUGGCGUUUUGAUGUUGAUGAAGUAUGCGAUUCCAAUUGGCAUCAUUAUUCAUUGACUUAUCGUCCACCAGAAAUGACUACUACUAUAACAAAUAGACAAAGCAACAAUACAUCCACAUUCAAAUUAGAAAAUGAUAUUGAGUUACAACUAUAUUUGGACGGACAAUUAGUACCGAAUACUCCGGAACUAGUGAAAAUUGCAGAAAAUAUGCCUAUGGUACAUUUAUCAGCUAGAAAUCAUGAAUUAGUUCGUACUUCAGUUGGUGCUUGUUGGCAUGGACGUAGUACCCAGUUUGUUCAACAUUUUAUGGGUUAUCUUGCUGGUUUAACAUUUACAAAUGGCUAUAUUCAAUCGGAUGAAGAAUCUCUAUGUCUGACCAAUUGUGAACCACGUUUAAUUAUCAAUGAUCCUACAUCAUUCGAUGCAAACACUGAUCGUUUCGAUGCAACUAAUAUUCGUAAUUCUCAUCUAAAUAGUAUUAUUAUUCAAGCUAAAAGUUUAAAUGAAUUAACAACUAUUCUAAGAAAGGUAACAUUUCACAAUCCAAGAUUACAAUAUAAGCCAAGAUAUCGGCCGGAACCAGUGGCUAUACAAUUAAAUACCAUGUUUAAUUAUGCAACAGACUGUGAAAUACCUUCAACAUUUAAUCAAGUCAUUUUAAUCAGUCCAUUACCUCCAACUAAACAAACAUUAAUUUCAUUGGAUCGAUUCAAUUCAAAUAAUCAUACAGAUCAACAGCUUGAUGAUAAUCAUGACCAUCAUUAUCAGCCACCAAGUCAUCAAUAUCAACAAACAGAGUUUCAUCAGCCGACACAACAACCACAACAACAUCAACAACAACAGUUCCAUCUGAAUGAACAGAAACAUGAACAGCUUCCAUCGGAGAGAUUGUCUACCACUGUGGACCUGUCAAGCUCCACUGAUCAAAACCAGUCAUUUGACAAAAAAUCGAUCACAUCACCACCAAUCAAUGCAUUAGCCUUAUUCAAUGCCCCACAAUAUGAUCAUGUCAAUAAGACAUUCACAUUGAACAAGAUCACAUUCAAUAAUUUAUCUACUGGAGUUUAUCUAUUUCCAUACAUAACAAUCAUGUGGAAUAAUACUUCAUCGGAAUUGUUAACUUUACAUGGUUCAAUUUCCGAUGUGACACAAUCCAUUUCUUCAUGUACAAUUGACUUGUGCAAAAGUAGUGAUCAAUUUUUCAAUGCUGGUGAGAAUACAUUGUCCAUCACGGAAUUUCUCUUUUUAAAUCCGGAUUAUAUCAAAAAUGGUAUCAAAGCAUUUCAACGUUCCAACGGAUUUAUUAUUCAAGGGACAUCCGGUGUAUUAAGUUAUAUGAAUGCAUUGAAACAUGUUCAAUGGUUAGUUCAUGAUGAACAAAUGAAUUUAAGUAGACGUUGUUUUAAUUUGUCCUGUGAGGCGAUGAUUCAAAUCUUUGAAAAUGAUAAGUUCAUCAUGAAAAAAAUCAAUAGCAAUGCUAUUCAAUCUGAAUUUAAAAUAGAUCAUGAAAAAUCAACGCAGUCACCAGUGAUUCCAUCAAUUGUACAACAUCAUGCAAAAAGAUUAUCUUUACGGUCAAAACCUCGUAUAUUAAAUAAACGGCAUAUCAAUGAUCUUCAACCAGCGUUGCAUUUACAAACUACGCCAAAUACUUGGAAUAAUAAGGGUAUUAUAUUACUUAUCAGCUCUUCUAUUUUGGCCGUUCUAGUCAUCUUGUUUGUUGCUAUAAAACGAAUUCAUCGUGUCUAUGUGAAAUCAAAUGAUACGGAAUCACAAGCACGCAAUUUCCACAUGACAUCGUAUUAUGAUAUUGAUGCAUUGAAACAAAUGUAUGCAAAUCAACCAAUGGAUGCUUUACAAAAUGAAAAGAAUUUAGAAACUAGUGCUGAAAAGUUACGCAAUUCCAGAUUGAAUGAUUUUAAUUCUCAAACUAUAAUUGGUGAUCAUUUUGACGGACCACAACUGCAACAAUCACACGACAGUGAAUUAAAACUGCCACAACCAAUAAGAAUUACACCGAAUCCAUUUGUCAAUCAAUCGGAUAUGCUGGAAUAUCAGUCAAAAACUGUGAUACUCGAUGAAAAGCGUUACAAUGCUGCUUUGAAUAUGUCAUCAUCAGCAUAUAAAAGUAAUACUACUACUAAUACUACUAAUAAUAAUCCCAAAGUUCGAUCACCAAUUGUAUGUAAUCCAACAAUUCAAUUUUAUGAAAAUCCACUACGAUCUGAUGAUGAGGAAUAUGGUGAUGAUGAUGAUGAUUUUCAGUGUACAUGCAGUGACAUUGACGAUGAUACUAAUCAUAAUCAUCAUGAUGGUGAUGAUGACGAUGAUCGAAAUGCAACUGUACGCAAUCCAAACAUCUCAACCAAUUAAGUAAGGGAGAAGAAUUCAUCUGGAGAUGAAACGGAACGUGAAGAAAAAAGUAGUCUGCUUCGAUUUUAAUAUUAAUUAAUUUGUUACUUCUCUCUUCAUUUAUAUUUAUUUAUUUCUUUCUUUCUAACAUUUAUUUCUCCAAUAUGAUUUCUAUUUUCAAAUUCAUUCAUCUCUCAAUAUAUAAUGUGGCAUUUAGUUUAGAUUAGUGUUUUCAUUCGUUUUCUCUCAUUUUUUUUUUGAGUAUAAAUCUCAUCAACAUUGAAACGAGUCGUUCAUGCAUCUAUCUCUAUUCAUCAUUUGUCAAUGUUUUUUUCUUUUCAAUAUAUUCAAUGUGUGUUUCCUUUUUUUUUCCCUGAGGUGGUGUGUUGAUGUUUGUCAUACAAAAUGUUUUGCUUUCGUUAUUAUUUUCUUUUCUCUCUCUCUCUGUGCGCACUUUCUUCUCUCUCUCUCACACACAUUGUAUCGACGCACGCAUUGCAUUGCAUUCUCGUGUGUGUUUACUUUUUUUCAAUGUUCAAUGAUGUCAGUCAUAAAAUAAACAAUGCCAAAGUACACUUACUACCACUUACCACACUUAUAACUUAUAUAGCAUUUAUUUAUUGCUUUUUCUUGACAAUUUUAUUGCUUUCAUUUUGUGUGUGUGUGCUGUUUCAUUUCGACAUAAUCUUCACAAAAAAAAACAAACAGUAGUAUUAUUAUUUAUUUAAAAUUUACUUUGAUUCAUUUAUUUGUUUUAAUUGUUUACCUUUUAACUUUUUACUAUUCUCAAAACAUUGCAUUCAUUACAUAUCAUUAAGUAGAUAUGCAUUAAAAUUAUGUUAUUUAUUUAUGUUAUUUAAUAAUAAAAUCACUCUAAAAAUAUACAAACA